CAGAAAUCACAUGCAACAUCACAUGUAAACAAAACGAGCAGGACCAAAGCAGGACGAUUGACCUGAAAUUUUUGCCCGAGUCUCACUGAAUAAGGUUGGAAAAUGUCUUUGAGACAUCUCGCAUCGCUGCGGGCAAAUCUGAACAGAGUGUCCGGAGCAGCGGCGAGGAGAAUUUCUGUCCGAAACUCGUCCAGCGACGUCAAAGACGAGUCGUACUACGAGCACCGAGUUGUGGACAACCCUUCGCAAAACUACGUUGCCUGCUGGCACCCUAGACAGCCAAUUAAAUAUGAGCAUACGAAACCAUUAACAGAGGAAAUGGAAGAGGACGAAGGUGUUUUGAAAAGAGUUGACUUGAGAGUGCUGCAGGGUAGAACCCCCGACGAAGCGGUGAUUCAAGAGUUGAAGGCCCUCACAUACACAACCAAGCACAUUUGGUAUCCUAAGUCAGAGCCCAGAAGUAAUAGGAAACCUAACAAGUCCAGAAAGUAUAUGUAAAAGCAUGUCAGACAUAUUAGCAUUAUCUUUUUAAUUAAAAAAUUAGUAUACACAAUGAACUUAAAUUAAUUUGUCGGGUCUCGUCUUGGCUAUCCCAUUAAUUCACAUCAUCGGACGGCCUCUUAGCCCGACUGUCUGAAUUUCCUUGAUUUUGAGUUUGACUGCCAUAAUUUGAAGAUGUUGUUUCGAAGUCUAGCAAAAUUUAAAAAUAAAAAUGCAAACUACAGUA